CCUGAGACAGUGUCUGAGCAGCUGGACGGUGUCUCGGCUUGUGUGGGGUCCAGCGGGACUGAACAGACUGAGGACAGCUCACCUGCUGAACACCAGCCACCAUGACGGACGCAGACAAGUAUCUGUACGGGGACCGCAGCGCGGUCAGCAACCCUCUGGCUCAGGCUGACUGGUCCUCCAAGAAACUGGUGUGGGUCCCCAGUGAGAAGGUGGGCUUCGAGUCCGGCUCCCUCAAAGAAGAGCAAGGAGACGAGUGUGUGGUGGAGCUGACGGACUCGGGCAAGAAGGUGAAGGUGAGCAAAGAUGACAUCCAGAAGAUGAACCCACCAAAGUUCAGUAAGGUGGAGGACAUGGCGGAGCUCACCUGCCUCAACGAAGCGUCCGUUCUGCACAACCUGAAGGAGAGAUACUACUCUGGACUCAUCUACACGUACUCGGGUCUCUUCUGUGUGGUGAUCAACCCGUACAAGAACCUGCCCAUCUACAGCGAGGACAUCGUCGACAUGUACAAGGGCAAGAAGAGACACGAGAUGCCCCCCCACAUCUACGCCGUCACCGACACGGCCUACAGGAGCAUGAUGCAGGAUCGUGAGGAUCAGUCCAUCCUCUGCACUGGGGAGUCGGGAGCAGGCAAAACGGAAAAUACGAAGAAAGUCAUUCAGUAUCUCGCUCACGUUGCUUCAUCCUUCAAGUCUAAAAAAGACCAGGCCAGCACCAUUUUGUCACACGGGGAACUGGAGAAGCAGCUGCUGCAAGCAAACCCCAUUCUGGAGGCUUUUGGAAACGCAAAGACCGUCAAGAAUGACAACUCCUCCAGAUUUGGAAAAUUCAUCCGGAUCAACUUUGAUGUCAACGGGUACAUCGUUGGAGCCAACAUUGAAACUUAUCUGCUGGAGAAGUCUCGAGCCAUCAGACAGGCUAAAGAGGAGAGGAGCUUCCAUGUCUUCUACUACAUACUAACAGGAGCCGGAGACAAGAUGCGCUCUGAUUUGUGCCUGGAGGAUUACAAAAAGUACCGUUUCCUGUCCAACGGACACGUGACCAUCCCGGGACAACAAGACAAAGAGAUGUUCACUGAAACCAUGGAGGCCUUUAGGAUCAUGAGCAUCCCAGAAGAGGAAAUAAUCGGCCUGCUGAAGGUGGUCUCUGCUGUGCUGCAGUUGGGGAACAUGACCUUCAAGAAGGAGCGUAACACGGACCAGGCGUCCAUGCCUGAUGACACCGCUGCUCAGAAAGUGUGUCACCUGCUGAGUGUCAACGUGACGGACUUCACUCGAGCCAUCCUGACUCCCAGAAUCAAGGUUGGCAGGGACUACGUUCAGAAGGCGCAGACCCAGGAGCAGGCAGAGUUUGCUGUUGAGGCUCUGGCCAAAGCUUCUUAUGAGAGGAUGUUUCGCUGGCUGGUGCUGAGAAUCAACAAGGCUCUGGAUAAAACAAAGAGGACGGGAGCGUCUUUCAUUGGGAUCCUAGACAUUGCAGGAUUUGAGAUCUUUGAGCUGAACUCAUUCGAGCAGCUGUGCAUCAACUACACCAACGAGAAGCUGCAGCAGCUCUUCAACCACACCAUGUUCGUCCUGGAGCAGGAGGAGUAUCAGAGGGAGGGCAUCGAGUGGAGCUUCAUCGACUUCGGCCUCGACCUGCAGCCCUGCAUUGAUCUCAUAGAGAAACCCGCUGGUCCUCCAGGCAUCCUGGCUCUGCUGGACGAAGAGUGCUGGUUCCCUAAAGCCACCGACAAGACCUUUGUGGAUAAACUGGAGCAGGAGCAAGGAAGUCAUUCCAAAUUCAUGAAGCCCAAGAAACUCAAAGAUGACUCAGAUUUCUGCGUUAUACACUAUGCAGGAAAGGUGGACUACAAGGCAGACAGCUGGUUGAUGAAGAACAUGGACCCCCUGAACGAGUCUGUGGUCACGUUGCUCAGCCAGUCCACCGACAAGUUCACUGCAGACCUGUGGAGAGACAAGGACAACAUCGUUGGCCUGGAUAAGGUGGCAGGAAUGUCUGACUCGAACCAGGGAAUGUUCAGAACCCGUAAAGGUAUGUUCCGCACUGUUGGCCAGCUGUACAAGGAGCAGCUGGGGAACCUCAUGACUACCCUGAGGAACACCAACCCAAACUUCGUCCGCUGCAUCAUCCCCAACCACGAGAAGAAGGCUGGUAAACUGGACCCUCACCUGGUUCUGGACCAGCUGAGGUGUAAUGGAGUCUUGGAGGGGAUCCGAAUCUGCAGGCAGGGUUUCCCCAACCGCAUAGUCUUCCAGGAGUUCAGACAGAGGUAUGAAAUCCUCACUCCAAAUGCCAUCCCCAAAGGAUUCAUGGACGGGAAGCAAGCCUGCGUGCUCAUGAUCAAAGCUCUGGAGCUGGACCCAAACAUGUACCGUAUCGGUCAGAGUAAAGUGUUCUUCAGGGCUGGAGUCCUGGCUCACCUGGAGGAGGAGAGAGACAUGAAGAUCACCGUUGUGAUCAUCAGCUUCCAGGCCUGGUGCAGAGGAUACGUAGCCCGCAAAGCCUUCACCAAGAGGCAGCAGCAGCUGACCGCCAUGAAGGUCAUCCAGAGAAACUGUGCAGCUUAUCUGAAACUGAGGAACUGGCAGUGGUGGAGACUUUUCACCAAGGUGAAGCCUCUGCUGGAGGUGACUCGGCAGGAGGAGGAUUUAAUUGCGAAGGAAGAAGAGCUGCAGCUGGUGAAGGAGAAACAGAUGCAGGUUGAGGAGCAGCUCCAAGACUACGAAGCUAAGCAGAAGCAGCUGAACGCAGAGAAGUUGGCCCUGCAGGAGCAGCUCCGGGCAGAGACGGAGCUGUGUGCCGAGGCCGAGGAGAUGAGGGUUCGCCUCACCACGAGGAAGCAGGAGCUGGAGGAGAUCUUGCACGACCUGGAGUCCCGCCUGGAGGAGGAGGAGGAGAGGGUGAAUCAGAUGCAAACUGAGAAGAAGAAGAUGCAGCAGAACAUUACGGACUUGGAGCAGCAGCUGGAUGAGGAGGAAGCAGCCAGACAAAAACUGCAGAUAGAGAAGGUCACCACAGAUGCAAAGCUGAAGACGCUAGAGGAGAACGUUUUGGUGCUGGACGACCAGAACAGCAAGCUCACAAAGGAGAAGAAGCUGCUGGAGGAGCGACUCUCUGAGUUCACCACUAAUUUGACUGAGGAGGAAGAGAAGUCCAAAAGCCUGCAGAAGCUCAAGAACAAACAUGAAACGAUGAUAGCAGACUUGGAGGACCGACUGAGGAAGGAGGAGAAGAUGCGUCAAGAUUUGGAUAAGAAUCGUCGUAAACUUGAGGGAGACUCCACGGAGCUUCAUGAUCAGAUUGCAGACCUGCAGGCCCAGAUCGCUGAGCUCAAAGCUCAGCUGGCAAAGAAGGAGGAAGAACUGCUCGCUGCACUGGCCAGGAUUGAAGAGGAGGCAGCAGCAAAGAACACGGCCCAGAAGAAAAUCAGGGAACUGGAGGUCCAGAUCUCAGAGCUCCAAGAAGACCUGGAGCUGGAGAGGGCUGCACGUGCCAAGGUGGAGAAGAACCGUCGGGACCUGGGAGAGGAGCUGGAGGCCCUUAAGACGGAGUUGGAGGACACGUUGGACUCUACUGCAGCACAGCAGGAACUGAGGGCCAAACGUGAGUCAGAAGUGACUCAGCUAAAGAAGACUCUGGAGGAAGAGGCCAAAACUCACGAGCAGCAACUGGCUGACGUGAGACAGAAGCACAAUCAGGCAUUCGAGGAGCUCAACGAGCAGCUGGAGCAGGCCAAAAAGAGCAAGGUGUCUGUGGACAAAGCCAAGCAGGCUCUGGAGAGUGAGUGGAAUGAGCUGAAGAUCGAGCUGAAGAAUCUGACGCAAAGCAAAGCAGACUCCGAACAACGGCGCAAGAAGGCCGAAACCCAGGCUCAGGAGCUGCAGGUGAAACUUGCAGAAACUGAGCGAAAGAAGCAGGAGGUCACGGAGAAGAUGAGCAAGCUGCAGACCGAGCUGGACAAUGUGAACGGUCUCCUGAGUCAAGCUGAGGGCAAAAACAUCAAAUCCAGCAAAGACCUGUCUUCUGUGGAGUCUCAGCUACAGGAUACACAGGAGCUGCUUCAAGAGGAAACUCGUCAGAAGCUGUCUCUGUCCACCCGCCUGAAGCAGCUGGAGGAGGAGCAGAACAACCUGCGGGAGAUGCUGGAGGAAGAGGAGGAGAGCAAGAAGAACGUGGAGAAGCAAGUUUCCACCCUGCAGGCUCAGCUGGCAGAUAUGAAGAAGAAGGUGGAACAGGAGGCCUCGUCUCUGGAGGGAGCAGAGGAGAACCGCAAGAAGGCGCAGCGGGAGCUGGACAACCUGAUGCUGCAGCUGGAGGAGAAGACGGCAACCUACGACAAGCUGGACAAGACAAAAACCCGUCUGCAGCAGGAGCUGGAUGACCUCCUGGUGGAUCAGCACAACCUGAGGCAGGUCGUGUCCAACCUGGAGCGCAAGCAGAAGAAGUUUGAUCAGAUGUUGGCAGAGGAAAAAGCCAUUUCCACUCAGUUUGCUGCAGAGCGUGACAAGGCUGAAGCUGAAGCCAGGGAGAAGGAAACUCGUGCGCUCACUCUGACCCGUGAGCUGGAGACCCUGACGGCUCUGAAGGACGACUUGGACCGAGCCAAUAAACUGCUCAAAGCUGAGAUGGAGGACCUGGUCUCCUCUAAGGAUGAUGUCGGCAAGAGUGUUCAUGAGCUGGAGAAGUCGAAGCGUGGCAUGGAGCAGCAGCUGGAGGAGAUGAAAACUCAGCUGGAGGAGUUGGAGGAUGAGCUCCAGGUCACAGAAGAUGCCAAGCUGCGUCUGGAGGUCAACAUGCAGGCCAUGAAGGCCCAGUUCGACAGAGACCUGCAGGCCAGAGAUGAGCAGGGAGAGGAGAGGAGGAAGCAGCUCGUUAAACAGGUGCAUGAAAUGGAAACUGAGCUUGAAGAUGAACGCAGACAGCGUUCUCAGGCCCUUUCCUCCAAGAAGAAACUGGAGUCGGACCUCGCGGGCCUUCAAGCACAGAUCGAUUUUGCAAACAAAAGCCGUGAUGAUGCCCUGAAGCAGCUGAAAAAACUCCAGGCUCAAAUGAAAGAUCUGAUGCGGGAGCUGGAUGAGCUUCGUUUGUCCAGAGAUGAAGCGGUCAACAGCGCCAAGGAGACCGAGAAGAAGGUCAAGUCGUUGGAGGGAGACGUCCUACAGUUCCAGGAGGAUCUGGCCACUGCAGAGAGAAUGAGGAGACAGAUUCAGACUGAGAAGGAUGAGCUCCAGGAAGAGGUCAAGAGCAGUAACACCAAGAAUUCUCAGCUGACGGAUGAGAAGAGGAAGCUGGAGGCUCGCAUCACUCAGAUGGAGGAAGACAUGGAAGAAGAACAUCUCAACAUGGAGAUGGUUAAUGAUCGUCUGAAGAGAAUGACCCAGCAGAAUGAGCAGCUGACCUCAGAGCUGACCACGGAGCGCAGCAACGCUCAGCAGCUGGAGGGCGCUCGCUCCCAGCUGGACCGCCAGAAUAAAGAGCUGAAACUGAAGCAGCAGGAGCUUGAGACCUCCAUCAAGUCCAAGUACAAGUCCACCAUCGCCACGCUGGAGGCCAAGAUCGCUCAGCUGGAAGAACAGCUCGACGUAGAGUCAAAGGAGCGUCAGCAGUCCACCAGGCUGGUCAGGAGAACAGAGAAGAAGCUCAAAGAAACGCUGCUGCAGGUUGACGAUGAGAGGCGCAACUCUGAGCAGUUCAAAGAUCAGGUGGAGAAAACGAACGUUCGACUGCGCCAGAUGAAGCGUCAGCUGGAAGAAACUGAGGAGGAGCUGACCAGGGCCAAUAUGAACCGCAGGAAGCUGCAGAGGGAGCUGGAGGACGCCAGUGAAUCAGCAGAUGUAAUGAACCGUGAAGUCAGCACUCUGAGGAGCAGGCUCAGACAUGGUGACUUACCUGCAACUGUGCGAAUUGGCAUUAACCGCACUGGUCUGGAGAGCGAUGAGGAUGGGGACCAGUCUCCUGCCAAACACGGCACUGAGUGAAACGACAAGGAGAGCCAUGAAAAAUGCUUUUGAUUACUGUCGACAUAAAAUAUGUUUCCAAAUAAACCGAUUAUAAGCCAACUUCCUCUUACAAAAAGCAUUUUUUUAUUACAAAGGUUUUACAAAACCCUCUCUUUCUACAUUAAUCCUGAAAUUGAUGAUGAGUUGCAUUUAAUUUCCCUCUGGGAUUAAUAAAGUAUUUUUGAAUUUGAAUUGAAAUAUUGUGCAUGUAACAAAUCAUUACAAUUUGCGAUAUCUGAGCUUUUUGCAGGGUUAUUAAUGGGGAAAUUUGUGUUUUGCACAUUUUCCAGAACUUUUUGAUGCAGUUAUUUGCUUGAAUUGGUAUUAAACUCUGUACUUUCUGCAGCAUGUUGUCAUGUGAAUUAUGAAAAUGACAAAUGCACACAGUGGGGGCGGGUUCAGAUUCUCGUGGUAUAGAUUUUGUAUUGGUUUGACUAUGGUUAUUUUCUUACUGGUGAUGGGUCAUUAUGUAGUAGCUGACUCGUUAUUUCUGUGCAACAUGCAGGGUUUCUGCCACUUCAGAAUAUGGCUUAUUUUUGUACUAUGCCUCCUUGCAUUCUCCAACAUGUAAUGUUUAUGAUGCCAAGAUUGUCAGCCUAUUCUAAAUUUUAUUAACUGCCUUAAUGCAAUAAAAUAAAAUCAAGCACAUUUGACACUU